CGUCUAUCUAGGAUUCGUGUAACGAAGCGGUUGUCAAAAUCGCUUGACAAGUGUUGCUUGACUUUGACGUUUCUUUUUUGAAUUGGUUUGGUGCACGAAGCUCCAAGAUCGCAAUGGCAAAACCUAAAGGAGAGAGGAAAGGCAAAUCUGCCAUCAAUGAAGUAGUAACUCGUGAAUACACGGUGAACUUACAUAAAAGGUUACAUGGAGUCGGUUUCAAGAAACGCGCUCCUCGUGCCAUCAAGGAAAUCCGUAAAUUCGCUGAAAAACAAAUGGGAACCCCUGAUGUCCGAGUAGACACUCGCCUAAACAAAUUCCUUUGGUCCAAGGGUGUCAGAAAUGUGCCCUUCCGUGUCCGUGUCAGGCUGUCUCGCAGACGUAACGAUGAUGAGGACUCUGCUCACAAACUGUUCACACUCGUGACCUAUGUUCCAGUUGCCUCCAUCAAGGGCUUGCAGACAGAAAAUGUUGACGCUAGCCAAGAAUAAACAAUAAGUUUAAGCGUAA